UGGUUGUUUGCAAGGGCGGCUUCAGAUAUCGGCGAGACGCUGUUGAGAAGAGUCAGUACUCCGUGGGUCCACUGAGGGUUCCAGUAGAAUAUCCGGAGGAUAAAUAAAUUCAUUUGCAAUAUCCGCGUUGCUGUGGUCUGCAGCAUCUGCUUCGUUUCGUCCUGUAUUUUCUGUACAACUGAUAUACCAUGGAGAACGGCGGAGACAGCACAGCGAAGAUUAAGUAUUGUUCUCUCGGGGACGCCCCGCUGAAAGAAAUCGAAGACUUGCUGACACAUGGGUUUGCGAAGGAUGCAAGCUUUCUGGUGCUGUGUCGGAACUGCGAGGGCGGCCAGCCGGAGGACCAUCGUCCCUGGGUGAAGGCGGUCAUCAGCACACACGACUGGAGAGUCUCGCGAGUGGCGGUGGACGCCGCUACAGGCGCGGUGGCCGGCGUCUGCCUCUGUGACAUAUUCACAGCUGACCGCCCGACCCGGUCUCUCGAACCCCUGAUGCAAUGCGACACCGAGGCGUGCCGCCUCCUUACUAAUUACCUUCACCAGAUAGAGGGCGAUUACGAUGUGCUAAAAGCUCUGGCAGUGGACAAGGCUCUCUAUUUGAGCAUGGUGGCCGUGGACGAGAGGUAUCGCCGUCAGGGCAUAUCACUUGAACUCAGACGUCAGUGCCUUGAGCUGGGUCGUCAGCAGGGCUGCCAAGCUGUUGUCGACGUCGCUAUCUCACCGUUCACACGCAAGGCUCUCACCAAGCUCGGCUUUGAGCGGGUGAAGUUCGUGCCAUUCACCCAGUCGGUGCUCGCUGGAGUUGAGAAGGUCGACCUGUCGGGCUGUGGACCCGACGAUGGAGCCGCUCUGAUGGUUCGCCGGCUAUAAAAGUGACUUCAGGGGAGCUUAAAG